UAUGCCUCAAGAUGCUGGCCGAAGCUUUCGCUUGACGUGGCCUUGUUAAAUGUUAUCUCAACCGGAUGGGAUGCCAUGCCAACAGGGGUUGUUCUCUCAUCAACUUUGCCCAAAUCUUCUCCUCAAACAGACGCCUAACGGUCACGUAUACUCACUUUCCCGGUCCUGUCGCGUGCCUGUAGACGAAAACUGCACUUGAUGCUCGUGUGCGACAUCAUCUCAAGCAUGACACCUCAUCCUGCACAUCAUCACGACCAGAGUGAGAAUCCUCUGCGUCUCACUCGAUUGGUAGGUAGUAUUCUCUUUUGUCAUCUCUUUUCGCAUUCCCAAGGCCAAGUACAGGAUAUCAUCUCCUGCUUCGUGUUUAUUUCGUCAUGGCUGGUCAGCCUCAUAGUGGUUUUUCUUUUCUUGUCUCCUCAAUCAUUUUGUAUGUAUUUCUAUUAUCCUUGGUGUUGGGCGUCCACCAUCCAGUCAGUUUUGCUUCGCUGUACUCUGCUUCCCUUUGCUUUUUUCUUUUUUUUUUUUUUUUUACCUGGUCUAGCGUGCCAGUGUGCUUCAGCCUUUCCAAAUCAAGCUCUUAGCUUAAUUUACCACAAGGAUGCAUGUGCGCGUACAUAUCCGCUGUGAUCUUGGUCCCAUUUCUUGACUAUCCCCUUGCACAUUUGCGCCUAGCAGACAGAACGAGCUCCGCGGCCACGAGCCUCUUAUCGACGCCCUCGAAAAUGACUUAGACCACACGCCCCCUUGUUUUCCUUUCUUUUUUGCCUCCAUUUCCAGUUGUCCCCGUAUCCUUGGGCGCACAUUCACAGGUCUUCGCUUGUCGUCUCCAGGUCAGCCUCGUCAGGCCUCAGUUGACCGAUUCGUUAUGUGUAGAACACCUUCAGCACCUCGCCUUUCUACCCGCUCCCGCACCCGUUGCCGUUACCGUUGCCAUCCGUCUUAGACUGACGGGAGCCGGCACGGCCCAUUCUGAGGUCAAAACGACUUCGCACACACCCAUCGUGAACUUGGACCCAAUGUACCAGAUCCCACCCUUUCCAAUUCCUCCCAGGGGCUAGAAAAAGCAAAGCCAACUUGGAGCCCCAUCUACCAAGCUCCAGGGCCAUAGUCUAGUAGUGCGUAUUGAUGAAUAGUACGCACGCUUGCUG